AUGACGAAUCUCUUUUCUUUUGACGAAGAGGCACUUUCAGCGGAUUUCCGCUUAGGGUGUGCCAUAGCCGACGACAACGAUGACCUCAAUCCCAAAGAACUCACAGAAUCCAUGCUUGGUCGUAGUCCACAGAGACGUCGACAAAGUAACCUUCAUCCUCUGGGAGCCCAUUCUUUCCGUCGAAGGAGCAGCAUUUACGGGAGAAUGUCCAUUUCUUCGUCCGUUAAGAGUUCAGAAAUCAAAAUCCCGGCGGACUACAAGAACGAGGAAGAAGGAAAUGCUAGCGUACGACUUGAAGAUUUCGAGCCAUUGACGGUUCUUGGUCAGGGAGCUUACGGAAAAGUCUAUCUAGUGAAACACAAGGUUACCAACAAGCUAUUUGCCCAGAAACAGGUUCGGAAACCUGCCAUCAAUAUGAGUGACGGGAAUGAAAUAAGAAAGCAUAUUGAUAGAACACUUUCGGAACGGCAGAUAUUGACUAAUAUCACCCAUCAUCCCAAUAUUGUCAAAUUGUUCUAUGCCCUACAUGAUCAGGAGAAGUUCUACUUGAUAUUGGAAUACAUCCCUGGAGGAGAAUUGUUUCAUCAUUUGAGUUCAAAUGGAAAAAACGUUUUCAAGGAAGACGACGUAGCGUUCUACGCAGCACAAAUGGCUCUUGGUAUGCGGCACUUACACCAACUAGGCAUUGUGUAUCGAGACCUAAAGCCGGAAAAUUGUCUUCUCAACACCAAUGGACACUUGGUACUCACUGAUUUUGGGCUUUCCAAAGACAUCGACCCCAACGACAAAUGUACUUCUAUCAUUGGUACUCCCGAAUAUAUGGCACCAGAAGUCCUCAAGGGUGAAAGCUACGACUAUGCCGUGGACUGGUGGUCGCUUGGAUGUGUAAUAUAUGACAUGAUGUCAGGAAAACCACCGUUUACUGGUAACUCUCACAAGAAUAUCCAAGACAAAAUUGUCAAAAACAAACUCAAUAUUCCCUUCUACUUCUCAAUGGAUGCCAGGGAUUUAGUCAACAAGCUCUUGAACAAGAAUCCCACUAAGCGGUUUGCCGUGGAUGAAAAAUGGACCCAAUUCCAACAGCAUCGGUUUUUCAGAAAAAUCGACUGGAAAGCCCUCGAACUGCAAACAGCAAAUCCACCUAUCCAGCCUGUGAUCACAGAUCCCAUACUAGCCGAGAACUUUCUGUCCGAAUUCACAUCCAUGAAGAUCAGUGGAAUGGGAAAAUCUUCUUUAGUUGCAGCCACCAGUAUAGACAUAGCCGCACCACACCCCACCGAUUCUACCGCUACAUUUGCUGGUUUCAGCUAUGCCGCGAGCACCAGCUUUGUGGAGCGCUGGGGAAUGACUCUGCCGGAUUUGGAGCCAUAG